AUGGCAUUAGCCAGCGGUCACUGGCUGGAGAAAGAGAUGAGGGAGAAGCCCCAAGUCCCAGUUUCUCCUGAUGAUGUGACAUGGGAGGAGAUUCCUCAGAGCGGAGAAGUUCCGUCAGCCAGAGAAGGACACACUCUUUGUGUUGUGAAAGGGAAGCUGUUUCUGUUUGGAGGAGCGUCCAGCCCCGACGCCACUGAGUGUCUCCCAGGAGUCUACAGCUUUGACAUAGUGUCUUUGACCUGGGAUUGCUUAGAAGUUGGUGGCAUGGCCCUCAGAACCCUCAGACACAGCUCUGUUGCCAUGGGAGACAACAUCUAUGCGUACGGAGGCACUGUGGGUGGGAAUCCAACCAACGAUCUCAUGGUUUUCAACACAGUGUCUCUCACCUGGACGCCAGUUAAAACUAGUGGAUCGCUGCCUCCUGCCCUGUGUGGUCAGAGUUUUGCUCUGGUUGGAGAUCAGCUGUUCAUGUUUGGAGGUUAUGAAGGAGGUGGAACCUUCUGUAAAGACCUCUAUGUUCUCAACACAGACAACUUGGUGUGGCAGAAAUGGGAGGUGAAGGGAGAAUCACCUGCAGCCUGCAGCGGGCAAACACUGACUGCACACCAUGAUAAAGAUAUCUACCUGUUUGCUGGCAAAAGCACAAAUGAGGACGGCACAGUGACGUCUUCCAAUGAAAUCCAUAAACUCAGUAUUGCUAAGGUGAAAUGGAAGGUUCCUCUGUACGUCGGGAUUCCUCCAGCCCGUCGUCACGGACACACUGCUUUCAUUCUCCACAGCCACCUGUUUGUAUUUGGAGGGAAGAACGAAGAGCAGGAGUUUAAUGACCUGAAGGUGAUGAAACUCAUUAACCCCUCAGAGAGACAACCAGUAAUGAAGGAGAUUCUGUCAGAGUUUGGUCUGCAGGGAGUCAGCCACAGCUUCACUCCCACAAAGGUUCCCAACGUCCGCUACGAGCUGAGCGAGACUGCCCCCUCCAACCAGUCCAGGAACACAGCAGCUAAUGCACAGGUGUUUGUCCACAGAGACUUCAGCGCAGUUCGAGAUCAGGCCAUGAAAAUGAUCCAGACAGCAUUCACUCUGCUGGACCAGGAGUUCCAGAAACUGGAUCGAGAGAAGUCCGAGCUGUCAAAAGCUGCUGCUGCUCUGCAAAGAGACAGAGAAGCUCAUGAAGGCCACAGACAGCAACAGCAACAGGAGCUGCAGGAGAUGCUGGACAGACAUCGCUCUCAAAACGAGGCGUGGCUCCGAGCGAGAGCCGAGGAGAACGACCGAGAGAGGAGGGAGCUCUGCAGACUCCGAGAGGAAGUGUUGCAGGAGCAGGAGCGAUUGAAGGAGGAGCACAGCAGCAUCCAGAAACGCAGCGAACAUCUUCUGUCCAUCAUGCAGCAGUUCAAAGGAAUGUGA